AUGAUUCCCCAUCAUCUUGGUAAUCUUUCAAACCUUCAAGUUCUUGAUCUUUCAGAUUAUGGGGAAGAUUUCUAUGCUGAUGACAUGGGUUGGGUUUUAAAACUCUCAUCAUUGAGACGCAUAACAAUGACUGGAGUGUCCCUUGAGAAGGCACACAAUUUGUUUCAGGUACUUUCCAUGCUUUCUUCUCUGUUACAGGCAGGGUUUAGUCUUUGUGGUAUUGCCAAUGUCCAUGUCACACAUGCCUCUAUGAAUUCUACAUUUCUUCUUAAUAUUGAGCUCUUGGAUCUUUCAAACAAUUAUCUUCAUGGUUCAAUUCAUGAUGCUCUUCAAAAUAUGACCUCCUUAAGGGAGUUGGACCUUUCAUGGAACUCAAUUUCUUCAAUUCCACACUGGUUGGGUAAUCUUCACUCUCUGAUCCAUCUUGAUCUUUCUUCGAAUUCUUUCAAUGAGAGUAAAAUCUCCAUCUCCUCUAUCUUGAACAACAUAUGUUCCCUCCAAUCCUUAGACUUGUCCGGUCACAAAUAUGAAUCAAUAGUGUCUUUACUAAGUUUUGGUGGUGGAAAUUUAUCUCAACGCUCAAUUGACAAUUUUAAAGAUUUAUUCUUAUCUUCCAAUGGUAUUAAUGAGAGUUUGCCAAGCUGGUUUGGCAAGCUAAAGAACUUGAAAAGACUUUAUCUUUCAAAUAAUCUCCUUUAUGGGCCAAUGCAAAGUUGGUUUAGAGAGUUAGAGAACUUCGAAACUCUUGAUCUUUCAAAUAAUUUUCUCUGUGGGCCUAUUCCAGUUAAUCUUGGAAAAUUGUCUAAUUUAGUUAAAUUAGAUCUUUCACAUAACCUUUUAGAAGGUACCUUUUUCGAGAAUCACCUUGAAAAGCUCCUAAAUAUACAAUAUUUACAAGUAGGAUUUAACAAACUUUUUGUAAAGCUUGAUUCAAAUUGGACACCUCCAUUUCAAUCCUUAGCAUAUUUAGGAAUGGCAUCUUGCAAUAUACGCACAAAGUUUCCACAGUGGCUUCAGAAACAAGAGCAACUAAUGCACUUGGAUUUAUCCAAUAACAGCAUUAGGAGACUAAUUCCAAAAUACAGUAGGGAUCAAAAUAUAAAGUUAAGACUGUUAGAUCUCAGGCACAAUCUUAUAGAAGGUUCAAUACCAAACUCUUUGUGUAAUUUGGAGAAUUUGAUCACUCUAAGGCUAUCAUAUAAUAGACUAUCUGGUGAAAUUUCCAAUUGUUGGAGCAACGCUAGUCAACUUUAUGUAAUAAAUCUUUCAUCUAAUAAGUUAUCAAUUCCAAGCACAUUUUGGAAUGUAUCUCAAAUGAUGUGGUUAAUUUUGAGCAACAACAAUUUAUAUGGAGACCUUCAACAAGUCUUACAACGACAUUCAACAUUACAAGUUUUGGACCUUGGUGAGAACCAAUUUACUGGAAUGAUACCUUCUUGGAUAGGUGAUGGGGGAUUGCCGCAACUUCACAUUCUAAGGAUGUCACAGAAUUUGUUAUGUGGUGAUAUUCCACCUUCCCUUUGCAAGCUCUAA